AUGGCCGACAUUAAACUGCAGCAGAGCUGGUGAGGGGACCCGAAGAUAUAGAAAUACAAUAAGAGAAGUACUGAGGGAAGGCUGCUUUUGCAGCCAGAAAAAGGAAAGGAUGCUGUCACCUUCUUUCUCCCUGGAUGCCCAAUUGCGUUUCCAUGACAAAUGGUUGAAGAUCGAUUUGCAGCGUGCCUUUUCCCCAGAAGGACUGAGUGAGAUGUGGAAUGAAAUGGUGAAAGAUGAGGAAAUUGUCUUUAACAGAGAGGAAUCUGCCUAUCCAGAGGACUCUGCAGAUUGUGCUGGUGCCCAGAAGAAAGAUGAGUCCAACGAUAAAGAGAAGAAAGAAGAAGAGGACAUGUCUUCAUCACCUGUCCAUCAUUCGAUCAUUGAGACCUGGGAUUGGGGAAAACAGCCAGACGAAGGCGAGCUGAAGGACUGCCUGAUGGUGCUGGUGGCCGAGCAGCAGAGCAUCGCAGCGCAGGCAGCCAAGAGUGCGCUGUCAGCACGGCGCCUGAGCCAACGGCUGCUCAUCCUGGAGCGCUACCUCAUCUCCCUCACCCACAGCAUGAUGGAGGAAAAGUACAAAGCCCGCUGGAAGAGCCCACCCAGUCCCCCGCUGCCUGCUGCCGAUAAUAAGAGUGCUCGGCCUGUCAGUAAGGGAGUAGAAGGCUUGGCUCGAGUUGGUUCAAGGGCUGCGCUUUCCUUUGCCUUCGCUUUCCUCCGUCGAGCCUGGAGGUCUGGUGAUGAUGCAGACCUGUGCAGUGAACUUCUGCAGGAGUCUCUGGAUGCCCUGCGUGCUCUCCCAGAGGCCACUCUGUUUGACGAAGGUACCGUGUCAUCGGUCUGGCUGGAGGUUGUUGAGAGAGCUACCAAAUUCCUCAGUGAUGUGCAUGGAGGGUGCAGUGGUAAAGCCCCCAGCAACAUCCCACUGCAGGACCAGCACCUGGUACUCGCCAUCCUUCUGGAGCUGGCGGUUCAGAGGGGCACGCUCAGUCAGCUGCUGUCGGCCGUGCUCGCUGUGCUGCGGCUGUGGGCGGGAACCAGAGAGAUGGAUAACGAACGUUCUAGCCAACGGCACCAGCGCCCACUGCUGCCCCUGCUGCAACGCCUGCCGAGCAUCCACGGCAGUAAGGAGGAGCCCAUCCAGAUGGAGGAGCUUCAGAUUCUGUCGGCCCCACUGAGCCCCACCGAGUGUUUUCUGCGCUACCCUGACUUUGCCCCAGACAACGACCUGGCCAUUGACCUCCGGCAGACAGCUGUGGUGAUCAUGGCCCACCUGGACCGUCUAGCAGUGCCCUGCAGCCCCCCACAGUGCAGCUCUCCCACCUCCAGCAAGAUGGAGGACCAUGGGCCUGUGCAGGGGACCUUGCAGGAGGUCAUUGGCUGGGGUCUGCUAGGAUGGAAGGUGUAUGCUAAUGUGAACGGACCAAUCCAGUGCAAGGCUAUGUCAAGCCUGGGGGUCACCCAGAUCGUGUGCUCAGAGAAGGGGUUCCUCAUCCUGUCCGUUUCUGGCGCUGUCUACACCCAGAAUUACAAAAGCACCAACCUGUCCCCUAUGCUGGUCCAUGGGCUUUCAUCCAGGAAGAUAGUGAAAUUGGCAGCUCACCCAGAAGGGCAGCAUUACCUGGCACUCUCCACCAACGGAGAGCUCUUCUCCUGGGGCUGCGGAGAUGGAGGCCGCCUGGGCCAUGGAGACACCACGUACCUGGAGGAGCCAACCAUGAUUGCGGUGUUCUCUGGGAAGCAGGCGGGAAAGCACGUGGUGCACAUAGCCUGCGGCAGCACCUACAGUGCAGCCAUCACAGCAGAUGGAGAGCUGUACACGUGGGGCCGAGGCAACUAUGGUCGGCUGGGCCACGGCUCCAGUGAGGACCAGACCACCCCCAUGCUGGUCAGCACACUGAAGGGGCUCAAGGUGAUCGAUGUGGCCUGUGGCAGUGGAGAUGCACAGACCCUUGCAGUCACAGAGAAUGGCCAGGUAUGGUCAUGGGGGGACGGGGACUAUGGGAAGCUGGGCCGUGGGGGCAGUGACGGCUGUAAAAGUCCUAAGGUGGUGGAGAAGCUGCAGGAUCUGGACAUUGUGAAGGUGUGCUGUGGAAGCCAGUUUUCCGUGGCCCUCACUAAGGACGGCCAGGUGUACACCUGGGGCAAAGGAGACAACCAGCGGCUCGGCCACGGCACAGAUGAGCACGUCCGCUACCCCAAACUGUUGGACAGUCUACAAGGUAAAAAGGUGGUGGAUAUAGCAGUGGGCUCCACGCACUGUCUGGCCCUCACUGAUGACAGCGAGGUGCACAGCUGGGGCAGUAAUGAUAAGCUGCAGCACUUUGACACCCUCUUCUCCAACAAGAAGCAGCCCAAAGCCCUGCCAGGCCUCAACUCCAAACACAUAGUUGGCAUCUCCUGUGGCCCGGGUCAGAGUUUCGCGUGGUCCUCGUGCUCAGAGUGGUCCGUGGGCCUGCGUGUGCCCUUCGUCGUGGAUGUGUGCCCCAUGACCUUUGAGCAGCUGGAUCUGCUGCUACGGCAGGUCAGCGAGGGCAUGGACGGCAGCUCGGACUGGCCGCCGCCUCAGGAGAAGGAGUGCAUGGUGGUGGCUACACUCAACCUGCUCAGACUUCAGCUCCACGCGGCGAUCAGUAACCAGGUGGACCCGGAGGAGCUGGCCCUGGGCCUGGGCAGCGGCCUGCUCAACAACCUCAAGCAGACGGUGGUGACGCUGGCCAGCAACGCCGGGGUGCUGAACACAGUGCAGACGGCAGCGCAGGCUGUGCUCCAGAGUGGCUGGUCAGUGCUACUGCCCACCGCUGAGGAGAGAGCCAGGGCCCUGUCCUCACUGCUGCCCAAUGCAGCCUCUGGUAACGAGAUGAGUGUGAGUCCGGGUCGUCGGUUCAUGAUUGACCUGUUGGUCAGCAGCUUAAUGGCAGAUGGCGGCCUGGAGUCUGCUCUCAAUGCUGCCAUCACAGCUGAGAUCCAGGACAUCGAGGCCAAAAAGGAGGCGCAGAAGGAGAAGGAGAUUGACGAGCAGGAGGCCAACGCCUCCACACUUCACCGCUGCCGCACCACCCUGGAUAAAGACCUCAUCAACACGGGCAUCUACGAGUCGGCCAGCAAGCAGAGCCUGCCUCUGGUGCAGCUCGUCCAGCAGCUGCUCAGGAACAUCGCGUCGCAGACUAUAGCGCGGCUGAAAGAUGUGGCACGGCGCAUUUCACACUGCCAGGACGCCGAGCAGGUGAGCAAAGAGCGCUCGGCCUCAUUAGACCUGCUGCUACGCUUCCAGAGGCUGCUGGUCUGCAAGCUCUACAUGGGGGUCCACGGCGCUGCCGGAGUAGGGGGAUACACUUUGACUCACCCUGAGAUUCUGGGAGUGGGCUCACUGUUGAAGAAGUACAUUGCCUUGCUAUGUACCCACAUUGGAGACAUCCUUCCUGUGGCCACCAGCAUCGCCUUCAACAGUCACCGUCAUUUUGCAGAGGUGUCCCGCGUCAUCGAGGGAGAUCUUACAGGAGUCUUGCUCCCAGAGCUGGUGGUGUCCAUUGUGCUACUACUGACUCUAGAUGCUGGCCUGAUGCAGGAGACUGGCUCCAUUCCCCUGCUGGCCGCGCUGCUCGAGCACCUGGAUCGCUUCAACCACCUCGCCCCAGGCCAUGAGAGGGACGACAACGAAGACCUGGCCUGGCCCGGCCUCAUGGGGUCAUUCUUCAAUGGACCAAGCUCGAGGAACAAUGAGGAGGUGUCGCUCAUCCGCAAAGCUGACCUGGAGAACCACAAUAAAGAUGGGGGCUUUUGGACGGUCAUUGAUGGGAAAGUCUAUGAUAUCAAGGACUUCCAAGCUCAGUCUCUUACUGGAAAUACUAUUCUUGCUCAGUUUGCUGGAGAGGACCCUGUGGUGGCAUUAGAGGCAGCUCUGCAGUUCGAGGAUACCCGGGGGUCUAUGCUGGCUUUUUGUGUGGGCCAGUACAUGGAGCCGAACCAGGAGACGGUGACGACGCCAGACCUGAGCAGCUUGUCCUCGCCCCUCAAUGACACAGAGAGGAACUUGGGCCUGCUUCUGGGUCUUCAUGCAUCCUACCUAGCAAUGAGCACACCACUUUCUCGCAUGGAGAUAGAAUGUGCUAAAUGGCUUCAGUCAUCGAUCUUUUGUGGGGGUCUGCAGACUAGUCAGAUCCACUAUAAUUACAAUGAAGAGAAGGAUGAGGACCACUGCAGCUCUCCAGGGACCACCACACCUGACAAAUCCAAACUCUACUCUCGCAGAAGCACCCUCAGUGACCACGCGCAGCCCUUCCUUCAGGCAGUAGCUGAUAACACUAUCCAGGACCACACUGUGAAGGAUUUUUUAUGUCAAAUUGAGCGGUGCUGUAAGCAGUAUCAUCUCAUCACUCCCAUCACUUUCCCGCCAGAGCACCCUGUAGAGGAAGUGGGCCGCCUGCUGCUCUGUUGCCUUCUUAAACACCAGGACCUUGGUCACGUCGCCCUCUCACUCGUCAAUCAGUGUGCCUUGGCCGUGGACCAGGGGAAGCAGAGGUCUCUCCCCAAAUCUGUGAUUGACGUGUGUCGAAUGGUGUACCAGGCCAAGUGCUCUUUAAUCAAAACACACCAGGAGCAGGGCCGUUCGUAUAAGGAGGUGUGUGCUCCUGUGGUGGAAAGGCUGCGCUUCCUUUUCAACGAGCUGAGGCCGGCCGUCAGUAAUGACCUGUCCGUCGUCUGCAAGAUGAAGCUCCUGAGCUCCCAGCCCCGCUGGAAGAUGAUCACCCGCAAGCUCAUCCGUGAGCUGAGGAAGAAGCGAGUGCCGAAGAAGUUGGAGUCGGCUGAUGUGGAGGAGUGCAAGCAGGAGAGGGACGGGACCAAUGAGGAGGACCCUCCACUUCCCAUCAGCCCCCCACCUGUGGAUAAGAAGCAAACCACUGUCAAAUCUCCCAAGGAUAAGUGGCAACCCCUGCUGAACACUGUAGCAAGCGUUCAGAAGUAUCGCUGGCUAAAGCCCAGCCUGCAGGGCUCCUGCUCCCAGUCCAGCCUCAUGGGCACCAUCGUGGAGUUUGCCCUCAAAGAGGAGCCCCUUGAUGUCGAGAAGAUGAGGAAGUGCCUCCUCAAACAGUUGGAGCGGGCGGAGGUGAGGCUGGAGGGUAUCGACACCAUGCUUAAACUAGCAUCCAAAAACUUCCUGCUGCCUUCCGUACAAUACGCUAUGCUCUGUGGCUGGCAAAGACUCAUCCCCGAAGGGCCCAGUAUAGGGGAACCGCUGUCUGACUGCCUGAAGGAUGUGGACCUCAUUCCUCCCUUUAACCGCAUGCUGCUGGAGGUCACCUUUGGCAAGCUGUACACCUGGGCCAUCCACAACAUCCGCAACGUCCUGCUGGAGGCCAGUGGCAGGUUUAAAGAGCUGGGCGUGCAGCCAGUGCCUCUGCAGACCAUCACGAAUGAAAACACCGCGGGGCCCAGUCUGGGCACCAUACCCCAGGCCCGCUUCCUCCUGGCCAUGCUGCACAUGCUCUCUCUGAAACACGGAGCCAACAGCCUCAGUCUGCUGCUCAACUCUGGCACCCUGGCCCUCACGCAGAGCGUCCUGCGGCUUAUCGGUCCCAGUACAGACAGCAGUGAGGAAGAGCUGAGCUCUGGAGCUCACGGCGGCUCUGCCACUGUGCUGGAGGAGUCCAGGAAGGAGACGACCCCCGCUCCCCUCCCUGCCUCUGGCCCAGAGCUCGCCGCCAUGAUGAAGAUCGGCACCCGGGUCAUGAGAGGGCAGGACUGGAAGUGGGGUGACCAGGAUGGCCCCCCUCCAGGUCUGGGCCGUGUGAUUGGUGAGCUAGGGGAGGAUGGCUGGAUUCGUGUGCAGUGGGACACCAGCAGCACCAACUCCUACAGGAUGGGCAAAGAGGGCAAAUAUGACCUGAAGCUGGCUGAGCCUCCCCCUGUUGUCCAGCCUGCGACCGAGGACUCCGACACUGAGGAUGAUGCUGAAGGGGAGGUUAUGGAGAAGAGCACUCAUCCCACGGCCAUCAUGCUGACCAGUACAGUAAAUCUGCUGAAGACUCUGGCCCUGUCAUCUGGGAUUCACGCAGAUCUGAUGCAGGCUGGAGCCACCAGGACCCUCUGCGGCCUUCUCCGCAUGCUGGUGGAGAGUGGUGCCAACGACCAGCCUGGUUGUCCCUCUCAGAGGUUGGUCUCACGUGAGCAGCACCGGAGCUGGUGCACUCUGGGUUUCAUCCGCAGCAUAGCACUCAUGCCUCAGAUGUGCAGCACCCUGAGCUCCUCUUCCUGGAUCAGCCUGCUCAUCCGUAUAGUAGAGGGCCACCAGUCCUUCACUGCCAUCACACUGCAGAGACAGAUCCUGGCCUUGCGAUUACUGCAGGCUGUGCUGCCGUCCUGGGAUAAAAUGGAGCGUUCGCAGGAUAUGAAGUUCCUGGUGGAGAAACUCUUCAGCUUCCUGGGUAGCCUGCUCAGCACCUGUUCCUCAGACCUGCCCCUGCUCAGAGAGGGCACUCUUCGUAGGAGGAAGUCCCGGCCCCAAGCUUCCUUGACAGCCACUCACAGCAGCACAUUAGCGGAAGAGAUUGUGGCUGUUCUGCGCACAUUGCACUCUCUUAGCCAAUGGAAUGGCCUGAUCAACGAAUAUAUUAACUCGCAGCUCAGUGGCAUUGGAGACGUCAUGGCAGGGCGACUGUCUGAAGCGACACUGCUGGAGGAGUACAUGCCCAAUGCAGAGGCUCCAGUAGUGGGAAGUCUGAUGGCUGUGCUGGCUGUAAUUGGAGGGAUUGAUGGACGUCUGCGAUUGGGUGGUCAGGUGCUCCAUGAGGAGCAUGGGGAAGGCACAGUCAUGCGAAUCACUCCUAAAGGACGAAUCACUGUGCAGUUCCAUGAAAUGAGGACUUGCCGAGUGUGUCUGCUAAGCCAGCUCAAACCACUGCCUGUGGUGCCAUUCAGUGUUCAGAACCUGCCCUUCACAGAUCCUAUGCUGGGUGUGUGGGCUCAGCUCGUCAACCUGGCAGGGAGCAAACUGGAGAAGCAGCGCAUGAAGAAAUCCCUUAGCAGAGGACUUGCUGCAGACCAGGUGGACGUGCACCUGUUGCGAUGUCAGCAGCUGCGGCUUUACGUACUGAAGGCGGCACGUGCCCUGCUAUCCCACCAGGACAAGCUCCGGCAGAUCCUCUCCCAGUCAGCCAUCCUCGACACCAACCCCAACCCCAGUGAGGAGCAGGUUGUGUCGUCUCCUGAGGUGGGUGACUUGUCCCCUGAGGGUCCUCUGCUUCCCCUCAUCCUGCUCCAGCAGCUGCUCUCUGCUGCCACUCAGCCUUCUCCCAUUAAAGCCAUCUUCCACAGGCAGGAGCUCGAGGCUGCAGCUCUAGCUGUGUGCCAGUACCUGGCUGUGGAGGCCACGCACCCGUCAUCUCCACUGUUUGAGGACAGCAGCUCCAGCGAGGCCACUACACCUGUCGCUGUGCAGCACGUGCGACCACCCAAGCAGAAGAAGCACAAGACCUCGCCCGUACCACCCGCACCAAUAGUACUGCAGCUCAUGGAGAUGGGCUUCCAGAGGAAAAACAUUGAGUUUGCCCUAAAAUCUCUGUCCGGGUCCACAGGCAGUGCCUCUGGGGUUCCAGGUGUGGAGGCAUUAGUUGGCUGGCUUUUGGAUCAUCCUGAUGUCCAUGUCACAGAGCUGUCUGAUGCAGAGACAGUGUCUGAUGAGUUCUCUGAUGAAGAAGUGCUAGAAGAAUUGGAGGAGCCCGAUGCAGCUUUCCCUGUGCCUCCUGGAAUCGUGGUCACUGAGAGUCAGACAUUUAAGAAGAGAACAGACUUCCAGAGUAACGAUGACUACGCAGUCUAUGUGAGGGAGAACAUUCAGGUUGGAAUGAUGGUGAAGUGUUGCAGGACAUAUGAAGAGGUUUAUGAAGGAGACGUGGGCAAGGUGAUCAAGCUCGACAGAGAUGGCCUGCACGACCUGAAUGUGCAGUGUGAUUGGCAGCAGAAAGGAGGCACCUAUUGGGUCCGCUACAUCCACACUGAACUGCUGGGGUUUCCUCCUCAGAGCUCUCCGUCUCACAUUAAGAUUGGGGACAAGGUGCGCGUGAAGCCCUCCGUCACAACACCAAAGUACAAGUGGGGCUCUGUCACUCACAGAAGUAUUGGGUCAGUCAAAGCUUUCAGUGCCAAUGGGAAGGAUGUUAUAGUGGAUUUCCCUCAGCAGUCACACUGGACAGGCCUGCUGUCAGAGAUGGAGCUUGUGCCUAGUGUCCAUCCUGGAGUCAGGUGUGACGGCUGUCAGAUGUUCCCCAUUAAUGGACCCAGGUUUAAGUGUCGCAGUUGUGAUGACUUUGACUUUUGUGAGAGCUGCUUCAAAACACGCAAGCACAACCCUAGGCAUUCCUUUGGCCGCAUCAAUGAACCAGGCCAGUCUCCAGCGUUUAGCGGCCGCUCUGGCAAGCAGCUGAAGAGGCAUGUGUGCCGGCAGCGAGGCAUGCUGAUAGACGAGUGGGCGAGAGCAGUGAGGAACCUCAGCGUGUCCUCCUCCAUUAACCAGGCCUCUCGACUCAUAGACUGUGGAGACCAGUGUUGGCAGUCAUCUGGCUCACAGGGCAAGCACUGGAUCCGGCUGGAGCUCUUUCCAGAUGUUCUGGUCCAUAGGCUGAAGAUGAUGGUUGAUCCAGCAGAUAGUAGCUACAUGCCUUCGCUGGUAGUAGUGUCAGGUGGAAGCUCUUUGAACAACCUGAUUGAGCUAAAGACCAUCAACAUCAACCCUACAGACACUACUGUUUCCCUGCUAAAUGACUGCACUGAGUACCACAGGUAUAUUGAGAUCGCUAUAAAACAGUGUCGGAGCUCUGGGAUCGACUGUAAGAUUCAUGGCCUGAGCAUCGUAGGUCGCAUCCGUGCUGAAGAUGAAGAUCUGGCUACGGUGCCUUUCCUGGCAUCAGACAAUGAGGAGGAGGAAGAUGACAAAGCAGCUACUGGGAGCCUUGCCCGCAAGAGGUCUUCAGGGCUGGAAUCGGCUGCCACCAUCAGAACCAAAGUGUUUGUAUGGGGUCUCAAUGAUAAGGACCAGCUGGGUGGCCUCAAAGGCUCGAAGAUUAAAGUCCCAUCAUUCUCAGAGACUCUCUCAGCUCUCAAUGUAGUGCAGGUGUCUGGAGGCUCCAAGAGCCUAUUUGCAGUGACUGUGGAAGGGAAGGUGUUUGCGUGUGGGGAGGCCACUAACGGACGCCUGGGCCUCAGCCUGUCCAGUGGCACCAUCCCCAUCCCACGCCAGAUCACUGCCCUCAGCAACUACGUGGUGAAGAAGGUGGCUGUACAUUCAGGGGGCCGCCAUGCCAUGGCUCUGACAGUGGAUGGAAAAGUGUUCUCUUGGGGUGAAGGAGAUGAUGGUAAACUGGGGCAUUUCAGUAGAAUGAAUUGUGACAAGCCUCGGCUGAUUGAGGCGCUGAAGACCAAGCGCAUUCGGGACAUUGCCUGUGGCAGCUCCCACAGCGCUGCCAUCACGUCCAGUGGAGAGCUAUACAGCUGGGGCCUUGGGGAGUACGGUCGCCUGGGACACGGAGACAACACCACCCAGCUCAGGCCUAAAUUGGUGAAGGUUCUGUUGGGUCAUCGUGUUAUUCAGGUGGCUUGUGGGAGCCGCGAUGCUCAAACUCUGGCGCUUACAGAUGAAGGCCUGGUGUUUUCCUGGGGAGAUGGAGAUUUUGGCAAGCUGGGUCGUGGGGGCAGUGAGGGCUGUAACGUCCCUCAGAACAUUGAGCGACUGAAUGGGCAGGGCGUGUGUCAGAUUGAGUGUGGAGCUCAGUUCUCUCUCGCCCUCACCAAAUCUGGAGUGGUUUGGACCUGGGGGAAGGGGGACUACUUCCGCCUGGGUCACGGCACCGAUGUGCAUGUGCGGAAGCCCCAGAUGGUGGAGGGACUACGGGGGAAGAAGAUCAUUCACGUAGCUGUGGGAGCACUGCACUGCCUGGCAGUCACAGAGACAGGACAGGUGUAUGCGUGGGGUGAUAAUGACCAUGGGCAGCAGGGUAAUGGCACCACCACGGUGAACAGGAAGCCCACACUGGUGCAGGGCCUGGAGGGCCAGAAGAUCACGCGCGUGGCCUGUGGCUCCUCCCACAGCGUGGCCUGGACCACUGUGGAUGUCACCACACCCUCUGUCCAUGAGCCUGUCCUCUUCCAGACUGCUAGGGACUCGCUUGGAGCCUCCUACCUCGGCGUGCCAUCAGAUAGCGACCCAUCCUUGCUGAGCAGUAAACUGAGUGGGCAGAGCAGUACGCGUCCCAACCGGCCAUCUCUGUCCAAGAUCCUGCUCUCUCUGGACGGGAACCUGGCCAAGCAGCAGGCACUGUCCCAUGUGCUGUCUGCCCUGCAGAUAAUGUAUGCUAGGGAUGCGGUGGUAGGUGCUUUGAUGCCGGCCUGUAUGAUGCCUGUGGAAUGCCCGUCCAGCUCUCCUGUACCUCCUUCAGACUGCUCAUCUGUGACCAGCCCUUCAGAGGCUGAGGGUCCCCCUCUGUCUGCGGACCCUGAGGAACGCCUCAGCCCUUACCCCUGGCAGGACAGCAAGAGGGGAGAGGUGGCAUCCUCUGAGGACGCGAUUACCCCAUCUUCGGCCGUGACGCCCUCUGCGGCUGCUGCCUCCUGUCGCCCCUUUAUCCCCGUCACAGACGACCCCGGGGCGGCCAGCAUCAUCGCCGAAACCAUGACCAAGACCAAAGAGGACUCGGAGAGCCAGAAUAAAGCUGCGGGGCCUGAGCCCCAGUACCUGGACGAGUUCACAAGUCUGCUUAUGCCUGAUGAUACGCGGGUGAUGGUGGACCUUCUGAAGCUGGCAGUGUCUCUGCGGGCAGGCGAGAAAGGAAAGGAAGUGCUGUCUGCUGUGCUGUCUGGCAUGGGCACCGCCUACCCACAGGUGGCUGACAUGCUAUUGGAGCUGUGCGUAACGGAGCUGGAAGAUGUGGCUACUGACUCUCAGAGUGGGCGUCUGUCCUCUCAGCCAGUAGUAGUGGAGAGUAGCCACCCCUACACUGACGACACCUCCACCAGCGGAACAGUCAAAAUCCCAGGUGCUGAAGGACUGCGAGUGGAAUUUGAUCGGCAGUGUUCUACAGAGAGACGUCACGACCCCUUAACUGUCAUGGAUGGAGCCAACAGGAUAGUGUCUGUCCGAUCAGGGCGAGAGUGGUCAGAUUGGUCCAGUGAGUUGAGGAUCCCCGGAGACGAGCUGAAGUGGAAGUUCACUAGUGACGGUUCUGUGAACGGCUGGGGCUGGCGCUUCACUGUCUAUCCCAUCAUGCCUGCAGCUGGUCCGAAAGACCUCCUGUCUGACCGUUGUAUCCUGUCCUGUCCUUCUAUGGACUUGGUCACCUGCCUGCUGGACUUCCGUCUCAACUUUGCCUCCAACCGCAGCAUUGUGCCCAGGCUGGCUGCUUCGCUCGCAGCCUGUGCCCAGCUCAGCGCCCUGGCGGCUGGACACCGUAUGUGGGCUCUGCAGCGGCUGCGGAAACUCCUGACCACCGAGUACGGCCAGUCCAUCAACAUUAACCGCCUGCUGGGAGACAGUGAAGGAGAGGCUCGCUCUAUGAGUUUUACAGGCAGUGCUCUGGCUGCCCUAGUGAAGGGGCUUCCUGAAGCUCUGCAGAGGCAGUAUGAGUAUGAGGACCCUAUUGUCAGAGGAGGCAAACAACUGCUACAUAGCCCUUUCUUUAAGGUGCUGGUGGCACUUGCGUGUGAUCUAGAAUUGGACACACUGCCCUGCUGUGCUGAGACUCAUAAAUGGGCCUGGUUCCGCCGUUACUGCACCGCCUCCAGAGUGGCAGUGGCCCUGGACAAACGAACGCCCCUGCCUCGCACCUUCCUGGACGAGGUUUCUAAGAAGAUCCGGGAGCUGAUGGCAGAUCAUGAAACCAUGAAUGGACUUCAUGAAAGCCAUGAGUUGUUCAAGAGGGAGCAUGAUGAACAGUUGGUGCAGUGGAUGAACAGACGGCCGGAUGACUGGACCCUGUCGGCCGGGGGCAGCGGGACCAUCUAUGGCUGGGGCCACAAUCAUCGGGGCCAGCUGGGGGGCAUCGAGGGUGCAAAAGUGAAGGUUCCCACGCCGACGGAGGCCCUGGCCACCCUGCGCCCCAUCCAGCUCAUCGGUGGGGAGCAGACCCUUUUUGCAGUGACCGCAGAUGGGAAACUCUAUGCUACAGGCUACGGAGCCGGAGGGCGUCUGGGCAUCGGGGGCACGGAGUCAGUCUCCACGCCAACGCUGCUUGAGUCCAUCCAACACGUGUUCAUCAGAAAGGUCGCGGUGAACUCCGGGGGGAAGCACUGCCUGGCACUCUCCUCCGAGGGAGAGGUGUACUCCUGGGGUGAGGCCGAGGACGGCAAACUAGGCCAUGGCAACAGGAGCCCAUGUGACCGUCCGCGAGUUAUCGAGUCUCUGAGGGGGGUUGAGGUGGUGGACAUCGCAGCUGGAGGGGCCCAUAGUGCUUGUGUCACAGCCAGCGGAGAGCUCUACACCUGGGGCAAAGGGCGCUAUGGACGGCUGGGCCACGGCGACAGUGAGGACCAGCUCAAACCCAAGCUGGUGGAUGCUCUGCAGGGCCACAGGGUGAUAGAUGUAGCAUGUGGGAGUGGUGAUGCGCAGACACUGUGCUUGACAGAUGAUGACAUGGUGUGGUCGUGGGGAGAUGGAGACUAUGGCAAGCUGGGCCGAGGAGGCAGCGAUGGCUGUAAAGUGCCAAUGAAGAUUGACUCUCUAACUGGGUUGGGGGUCAUCAAAGUGGAGUGUGGUUCUCAGUUUUCUGUGGCUCUCACUAAGUCUGGAGCUGUGUACACAUGGGGAAAAGGUGACUACCACAGGCUUGGUCACGGCUCAGAUGACCAUGUUCGCAGACCUCGGCAGGUCCAGGGCUUGCAGGGCAAAAAGGUCAUUGCCAUAGCAACUGGUUCCCUCCACUGUGUAUGCUGCACCGAAGAUGGAGAGGUGUACACAUGGGGAGAUAAUGACGAGGGCCAGCUGGGUGAUGGCACCACAAACGCCAUCCAGAGGCCCAGGCUGGUGGCAGCCCUGCAGGGCAAGAAGAUCAACAGAGUGGCCUGUGGUUCUGCACACACCCUUGCCUGGUCCACCAGCAAACCCACCAACGCGGGCAAGCUCCCCGCCCAGGUCCCUAUGGAGUAUAACCACCUGCAGGAGAUCCCCAUCAUAAGCCUGAGGAACAGGCUGCUGCUCCUGCACCACAUCUCCGAGCUUUUCUGCCCCUGCAUCCCCAUGUUCGACCUGGAGGGACGACUGGGGCAGACGGGCCAUGGGCCCUCGGUUGGCUUCGACACACUCCGGGGGAUCCUCAUCUCCCAGGGCAAGGAAGCUGCAUUUCGUAAGGUGGUACAGGCUACAAUGGUGAGAGACCGGCAGCAUGGUCCAGUGGUGGAGCUCAACCGAAUACAGGUAAAGCGCUCUCGCAGUAAGGGAGGACUAGCAGGGCCAGAUGGCACUAAGUCUGUCUUUGGGCAGAUGUGUGCAAAGAUGAGCUCCUUCAGUCCUGACAGCCUACUGUUACCUCAUCGCGUCUGGAAGGUCAAGUUCGUAGGCGAAUCAGUAGAUGACUGUGGCGGCGGCUACAGUGAGUCUAUAGCAGAGAUGUGUGAAGAGCUGCAGAACGGCCUCACCCCUCUGCUCAUCGUCACGCCCAAUGGUAGAGAUGAGUCUGGGGCCAACAGGGACUGCUUCCUGCUCAACCCCACUGCCAAGAGCGCCCUGCACAUCACCAUGUUCCGCUUCUUAGGAGUACUUCUGGGUAUAGCUAUCCGUACAGGUAGUCCCCUGAGUUUGUACCUCGCUGAACCUGUGUGGAAACAGCUAGCUGGCAUGAACCUGACAAUUGCUGAUCUCAGUGAGGUGGAUAAGGACUUCAUCCCAGGCCUUAUGUAUAUCCGAGAUAACGAGGCGUCGGCGGAGGAGUUUGAGGCCAUGCCCCUGCCCUUCACUGUGCCCAACGCUUGUGGCCAGGAGGUACAGCUCAGCUCCAAGCACUCACACAUCAGCCUCGAGAAUCGUACUGAGUAUGUGCGCCUUGCUAUCAACUACAGGCUGCACGAGUUUGAUGAGCAGGUGGCUGCCGUGCGGGAGGGCAUGGCCCGGGUGGUGCCCGUGCCUCUCCUAUCACUCUUCACUGGCUACGAGCUGGAGACCAUGGUGUGUGGCAGUCCCGAUAUCCCACUGCAUCUGCUCAAGUCGGUGGCCACCUAUAAAGGGGUGGAGCCGACAGCACCGCUCAUCCACUGGUUCUGGGAAGUGAUGGAGUCCUUUUCCAACACGGAGCGCUCGCUCUUCCUCCGGUUCGUGUGGGGACGCACGCGCCUUCCACGGACAAUCGCGGACUUCCGCGGACGUGACUUUGUGGUGCAGGUGCUGGACAAGUACAACCCGCCGGACCACUUCCUGCCAGAGUCGUACACAUGCUUCUUCCUGCUCAAACUGCCACGCUACUCCUGCAAGCUGGUGCUGGAGGAGAAACUCAAGUACGCCAUCCACUUCUGCAAAUCCAUCGACACAGAUGACUAUGCCCGCAUCGCCCUGAGCGGCGAGCCUGCUGCCGAUGACAGUAGCGACGACUCUGACAACGAGGACGCCGACUCCUUCGCCUCUGAUUCCACGCAGGACUACCUGACCGGACACUGACCACGGCCACGGCUGUGCCUGCCCUUACGCACACCCUCACGCACGCACACACACUCCUUGAUCAGGAGUCAUAAAAAAAAAAAAAAGCUGCUUAGCAAAAAAAAAAACCAAAAAAAAACCCUGAACUGAGGAUGUCUGUUUUAAACUCUCUUAAAUGCAUACACACUUACUACCAUGACUAAAAUGAAGAGAGAAAGUGUAUCUAUGUGCAAUUAGCUUUCGAAUCACUAAGCUGGUGAAAAAAAAAAAAGAAAACAUUUAUGUUGUUUAUUUAAGAGCCAGAGAGAGGGGAGAACUGCACAUUUAAAUGUUUGUGGACAUUGUUUUAUGUUUUACGAAGGCGGACAGACAGGCCACGUAGCCUAGCACUGUGGUAGACCACCCCUGACGGUCUCUGCACAUCUCUCCAGUCCUGCUUCAUUGUAGCGUUCAAACAGUAAGAACAGCUUGUAUACAGCUUCCUCCUCAGAAAUAGCAGUGUUUUUCUUCUAAAAGCCCUUUUAACUAUAAAUGCGAGUGAGGUGCUGAUUCAUGUGUCCUCAGGAUUUGUUCAGGGGUUGGUUUUAAGCCGCCGGUCAGUACUCUGUUUCCUCUCCCCUCCAUCUCAGUUGUGUGUCUGCACUGGCCUCUUGUUGGAGUGUAAAUAUUACUGUGCCAUGUAUUCAUAAGAUGUCUCAUUCCCAUGUAAUAAAUAAAUGUUAAUAAAUUUGUGUUUAAAAAAGAAAAUUAAACCCAAAUGG